AUGGCUCAAAAGCAUUUAGAAAAUGAGCAUCUUAUGAAUAUCGAACAUAUGGAGGUUCCCUCGGGAUUUCUCGAAAGACAUCCUUCCAAGCCUUACUUGACUUCGCUUGAUCAGUACAAGAAGAUGUACAAAGAAUCAAUCGAGCAACCAGGUCAGUUUUUCGCCAAAAUGGCAAGGGAAAACUUGUCUUGGUUUAAGGAUUUUACUGUUGCCAAAGUGCCUGAAGCUCCUCAUUUACAGGAUAACAAUGGUGAGCCAUCUGCUUGGUUUGUUGAUGGGGAAAUCAAUGCAUGUUAUAACUGUGUCGAUAGAUGGGCAAUUGAAUCUCCAAAUAAACCGGCCAUUAUUUAUGAGGCUGAUGAACCAAAUGAGGGUAGAGUCAUUACUUAUGGUGAAUUGUUGAAGGAUGUUUGUAAAUUUGCCCAAGUUUUGAAGAAUUUGGGCGUCAAGAAGGGCGAUACUGUUGCAGUUUAUUUGCCAAUGAUUCCCGAAGCAAUUGUUGCAUUGAUGGCAAUCAUUAGAAUUGGUGCUAUCCAUUCUGUUAUAUUUGCAGGAUUUUCUUCAACUUCUUUAAGAGACAGAGUCUUGGAUGCAAAUUCAAAGAUUGUCAUUACUGCAGAUGAAUCCAAAAGAGGUGGUAAAAUCAUUGAAACCAAAAAGAUUGUUGAUGAUGCCAUUACUCAAUGUCCUGAUGUUAGCAAUGUUGUUGUAUUCAGGAGAACUGGUAAUUCCCAUAUUCCUUGGAACUCUGAAAGAGAUGUUUGGUGGCAUGAAGAGGUUUCCAAAUAUGGUCCUUAUUGUCCAGCAGAACCAAUGAAUUCAGAAGAUCCACUAUUUUUGUUGUAUACUUCAGGAUCAACUGGUAAACCAAAGGGUAUUUUACAUACCACUGCCGGAUAUUUAUUAGGUGCCUUAUUGACAACCAAGUAUGUUUUCGAUGUUCAUCCAGAAGAUAUCAUUUUCACUGCCGGUGAUGUUGGAUGGAUCACUGGGCAUUCUUAUGUUGUUUAUGGACCUCUAUUGAAUGGAGCAACAACUGUUGUCUUUGAGGGAACACCAGCUUAUCCAAAUUUCUCUAGAUAUUGGGAAAUUGUCGAUAAAUAUGGUGUCAAUCAAUUUUAUGUUGCACCAACUGCUCUUAGAUUAUUAAAGAGAGCUGGAGAAAAGUAUAUUGAGAAUUACAAAUUGAAUACCUUGAGAGUCUUGGGAUCUGUUGGUGAACCAAUUGCAAAGGAUGUUUGGGAAUGGUAUAAUGAAUUUAUCGGUCGUGGUAAGGCUCAUAUCUGUGAUACUUAUUGGCAAACUGAAUCUGGUUCCCAUUUGAUUGCCCCAUUGGCUGGUAUAACACCAACAAAAGCUGGUUCUGCUUCUUUACCAUUUUUCGGCAUUGAACCUGCAAUUGUUGAUCCUGUCACUGGUGAAGAGUUGAAGGGUAACAAUGUUGAAGGUGUCUUGUGUGUCAAGACUGCAUGGCCUUCAAUGACUAGAUCCAUUUGGAACGAUUAUGGCAGAUAUUUAGAAACCUAUUUAAAACCAUACCAUGGACAUUAUUUCUCUGGUGAUGGUGCUGCAAGAGAUAAGGAUGGUUUCUAUUGGAUUCUAGGUAGAGUUGAUGAUGUUGUCAAUGUCUCUGGUCACAGACUAUCAACUGCGGAAAUUGAAGCUGCACUGAUUGAACACCCACUUGUUUCUGAAAAUGCAGUUGUUGGGUUCCCGGAUGAAUUGACUGGUUCUGCAGUUGCCUCAUUUGUCUCGUUAAAGAAGGACGUUGAAGAUAGAGAAGCAAUAAAGAAAGAGUUGAUUUUGACUGUUCGUAAAGAGAUUGGACCAUUUGCUGCACCUAAAGUUAUCUUACUCGUCAAUGAUUUACCAAAAACCAGAUCGGGUAAGAUUAUGAGGAGAAUCUUGAGAAAAGUUUUAGCUGGUGAAGAGGACCAAUUGGGUGACAUCUCUACAUUGUCAAAUCCAGACGUUGUUGCCCAUAUUAUCGAUGUUGUUAUGCAACACAGAAAGUAA